UGCUUCUAAGUAUGUCUUCCAUUGCUUUCUGUUAAUUUAUGUCCAUUCAACUUCAAUCUCUUGUGGGUUUUUGCUUUUUUAGGGUUGAAACACGAAUAUGGGUCUCUCACCAUACUCCAACCCUUGUGAUGCUGGAGUUCUAUGUCUGAUUCUGGUUAACACAGCCAUCUCUAUAUCUAUGAUGAAGGAAAUCCUUCGUCCCAUCCUACAUCUCAUCGGGAUCCGUCUCGCAUCAUCGUCGUCGUCGUGGUCGGAGGAGGAUGAUUUUUCCGAUCAAGCAUCCGCGGACGAAUCUAUUGAACACCGCGGACGUCCGUCGGAAACCUACAUGGAUGAGUUCAGAAGCCGGACCCCAACCCUUCGCUACGACUCCCUCUCUUGCACCACAAAACAAGAAUGUUCCGUUUGCUUGAUCGAUUUCAGACCAGAUGCAGAGAUUAAUCGCCUCUCCUGUGGACACGUUUUCCAUAAAUCUUGCCUCGAGAAAUGGUUGAACUACUGGAACGUAACCUGUCCUCUUUGUAGAAACCACAUGAUGACCCCAAAAGAAACCCAAGAAAACACUUUGUCCAAUGUGAGCUUAGUAGAAACAUAAACAAACCAAACCAAACAAAUCCGGUAUAUGCCACUCGUAGUCUUAGACGGUCUAGUGUUUGUUCAUGAAGUUCAGUGUAUAGGGUAUAAGAUCUGUUGUUUGUUAUGUAUGUAUCGUGAUAGGAGUAUAGUUGGUCGAUGUGGCCCAAAAUUACGCACUUUGUACAUAUAAAACUCUGUACGGUUUCCGGUGACAUGUGCAUCUGAGAAACUAGCUUUCUUCUUUUUGGUUCCGGUUUCUGAAUUCGAGAAAGCCCUGUUUUAGA